CGGGAGGAAUUUCAUCCGGCCACGCUUUUGCACCGUGUCCAUGCUCGAAAGGGCUGCGGAUCUUCCAGGGAUCUACCAGCGCAUGACGACAUACUUGACGGUUGAGCCCGCAGCAGCAGCAGCAGCCCGCUUCCAGCUACAGAUGUAGAGCAGCUGCAAAGGAGGAGGAGGAGGAGGGGGGCAGGGAGGCAGGGAAAUCUGCGGUGGUCCGUUAACUGCAGUUGAAGUAGAGGUAGCGUCCCAGCUAAAGAAGAAGGAGAGGGGUUUAUGAUAGAUCGGUAGAUGAGCGGAGGUAUGGAGUCCACAGUACACGAGGAGGGAGGGGAGUGUGCAGCAGGGCCGGGGAGACAGUCCAUCUCUCGUUUUUGGUGGGUUUGCUGAGGCAGAACGUGCAUGCUCAGGUGGAUUUGGGCGUGCAGAGGUGGGAGGAAGGGGGAAGGGAAUGGAAGGGAAGAGGGCUGAUCGGCUGGGGAAGUUUCGUGAGCUCACUCACUGGCUCAGCUGCAGCAGGAGCUUGCUGGAGAGAGCUUGAAUGUGAGGCGAAACUGAGCAUUCAGGCUGGAUGUCAGGGAGGCAGGAAGGAACGCAGGCAUUCGGGGGAGAAUGACUGAAGAAUGUGGAGGGGUGCAGGUCUGUGGGGAGGAUGGGUAUGUGCCAAAGGAUAGCAUGGAAGUGGUGGAGUUUUUGAAUCAGCGGAAGACGAAAGUGGGGUGGAGUUGGAGAGUGGAGAUCUUCUGAGCAGACGGGGUCAACGACGAAGAUUCGGCAGAGACACUGGUGGAGUGCCGGUGGGGUUGCGGGAGAGAACAGCAGACGAAUCUAGGGGUUCUACAUUCGGAGAUUAGGAGCAUAGAGGAGAAUUUGGGGAGACGAGUUUUUUUGGGGAACGCAGGGAAGAUCGUCCCUGUGGCAGAUUUCAGAAUGCGCAGGAGGGGCUGAACGAGGAUGAACAGCAGCGGAGAUAGAUUUUGAGAAAGGUCUGGUCCCUGUGAAACCGACCAACCUUUCAGCAACAGGGCAGAGAUGGCUCAGCGCGGGGCACUGCCGCCGCUGCGUGUGCAAGUGCCAGCUCUGGGGACUGCACCCAGCCAAAGAUUGAGCAAAUAUUAUAUGGCCUUUUCUCCUUCUACCACCCCCACCCCUGUAAUUCAUAACAGGCCCCAUACAGGAAGGUUGUGGAUCGCUGUCCUUCUGCAACUGUCUUCGCUCUAUGCUGUGCAUCAAUGGCUAAGCAGAUCGCAGGAACAGAGUGUCGUCAAUUUUGCAUUUCUUUCGUUUUUUGUCGCCAGUUUGGUGUUAGGGUUGCUACAGCGGCCAUGGAAAGGUCGGGCAAUCGGUUCAUCUCAGUGGCUGCUGCUCCUGCUGAGCGGUGGUCUUCUGGCCCUUUCGUUUAUGCUCCGAAUGCGAGGCUUGGCAGUAGUGGGACCUCUGGAGACCAUAUUGGCAGAUUAUGCAGGGGCAGUUGUAGGCAAAGUGUUGAUCAAAGCGCAAAGGAAGGUCCACGGAAUUGGGAAUGCGAAGGUUCGUGGAGCUGUUGCCUUGUUCGCCGGAUUGUACUUUCUCUCUCAAGGCUGGGCGGUGUCUUCAUGUUCUCCACUCUCAUCCCUUUUCGUUCCUGUGACCAAAACUCGAACAUUUGUCACAGCCAGAUUGAUCAGAUCUGCCAAAAUAGGCUCCUCAGGAGAUUCUAGAACUGCUGGAGGAGAGGAGGCAUUGCAGUUAGAGAAAGACUGCGCGAAGUAUCUGUCGAUAAUUGCUCCGCUUUGUGCCGGUCUGCUCUCUUCUGUGCAGAGAUUGUUGCCCAGCAGAACGAGUCUGGGGAGUAUUCCUAAGAGACGACUGCAGUCUCUGACAUAUGUAACAGCCGGGAUGGUCCUUCUCCCGGUUGCACUUUUCCAGGCGGCUGUUGCGGAAGCUGGUUCUAUGGAUGGGAAGGUUCUGUGGCCUUUGUUCAGCAUGAUAGCGUUCGGAAUGGUGGGGGCAUAUUUUGCUGAAUUCUUUUCCGAGGAGAAGCUGCUGAUUUCUCCCCUUGGCACCAUGCAUUUUGGAAUCACCGCUUGUUGUGUGUGUAUAUUAGAGCUCUGGCACGGUUCCAAUUUUUCCCUCAUCGGCUUUGUAGUUUGUUGUGCUCUUCUAGCCAUUGGGGUUCGAGCUGCCGCAUUCAUUUCCGGAGGACUCGACUGGAAUUCAAUGUCUGAGCGCGAAUAUUCUGGAGCGUCUGUAAUGUCCAUGAUCCAGACGCCUCUGUAUCACAUUUGGACAGAUGUAAAGACGAGGAAAAUUGCCAUGUUUCUACUCAUCAACACGUCCUUCAUGGUUGUUGAGUUUGUCUUCGGGUUCCUCAGCAACAGUUUGGGUCUUAUAUCCGAUGCCUGUCAUAUGCUCUUUGACUGUGCUGCUUUAGCCAUUGGUCUGUAUGCUUCGUAUAUUUCCCGUCUUCCGGCCAAUUCCAAGUUCCAGUUUGGAUAUGGCAGGUUUGAAGUUCUCUCUGGAUACGCUAAUGCGGUUUUUCUGAUACUGGUUGCUUCUCUUAUUGUGCUGGAAUCUCUCGAGAGACUUCUGGAGCCACCCGAGAUCUCGACUGGAAGCUUGCUCAUCGUCUCUGUGGGCGGUCUGCUGGUUAACGUGGUCGGCUUGAUUUUCUUCCAUGAGGCACACCAUCAUGCCCACGGGAGUGGCCCUUGCGUUCACGUCCAUGCACAUCAUGACACCUUUGUGCCAAUUCCUGCUCCCAAAAAUGAUAGGGAUGCAAAUGUUCAUCAUACCUCUCUGAAGACUUCUGCUCCUCCCAAAGUAGUCCACUCCUACUGGCAAUCUCCUUCUCAAUCUCACCAUCAUACUCUAGACUCUCCCAUUCUAAACUUACAGGGUACGUCCCAGAGCCGAGUUGAAAACCACUCGAGCAAUAGAUCAUCUCCACUAACCUCUUCUCAUAGUGAACCUAAUGAAACUAGGGCCAGUGCCCACUCUCAAUUUAGUCCUCACUCACAUGACGGAACUAGUGCAGUCCACGAACAGGCAGGAGGUUCACUUUAUUCUCGUAAUCACGAGAAGCAUCAGGUUCAUUCUUCGGGGAAUCAUACGGCUGAUGGUCAAGAAGGUUCGAAGGAUAAGCUCGCUCACCAGCAGCAGUCUGCACGGCAGGAGCACAACCACCUUGGAGCUCCCCAAAGGUCUGGUUCUACACAUGCACACGUUCAUUCAGAAAGCUGCUCACAUGGUCACCACCACAACGUCGCCUCUACUGCCGUCCAGGGACACGUGGGAAAUGAACAAGCUGUUACUUAUCCAAAGCCCCACGAGGAUCAGAGAGGAUUCUUAAAGGAGAAUCCACGCAGCGGUACUGCCACCUCCGAACCGAAGUCUCCACGGCCCAUUCACCAUAAAGUUCAUGUCUUAGCUAAGAGACCAGUACUCAUGCGGUCUGCGUCCGCAUUCAAGAACCAGAUGGUCGUUAUUCAUCCUCACCAUCCUCAUACUAACUCUUCGUCUGGAGAUACGCAUGGGCACGGUCAUUUGGGAGAACACCAAGAACACAACCAUGAUCAUCAUGGACACGGGGUACAUACUCAUUCGGCCUUCAAGCAUCAGCAGGUUGUUAUGGAGUGUGACGAUCAUCAUGACCAGAGUGCCUCUCAACCGAAUUCUUCUCAGGCUGAUGUUCAUGGGCACGGGCACGGGCACUUUAACAAUCACCAUGUACAAGGUCACUCUGGAGACUACCAUGGACACAAUCAUAGUGGGAUUGACAACGAUGGCGAGGACAAAAUUCAUCUUAGACAGCUCGUUCAUAUAUCUGGAGAGCUCGAUGGUGAUUUUGACAGUGAUCAUCACCACCAUCAUAAUCAUAAAGCUAACGAAGGUCACUCAGGGGAGCAUUCUCAUCACCAUGGUGGUAAACCUUGCUCACACGAUCAUAGUCACGAGCACGGGGGCCACGAAGGGCAUGAUCAUCACCACCACGGUCACAGCCAUGGAGAUCAUGACGACCAUGGUGAUCAUCAACACAUAGAUCACAAUAUGGAGGGCAUAUUUUUACAUAUAUUGGCAGACACCUUGGGUAGCGUUGGUGUUGUGAUUUCAACUUUGCUUAUCAAGUACAAGGGUUGGCUAUUUACAGAUCCAGCUUGUUCUAUCUUCAUAUCAGUGCUUAUAGUAUCAUCCGUCGUUCCGCUCGUCAGAAACUCAGCCGAGUUGUUACUUCAAAGGGUUCCCAGGUCUGCAGAGAAACGCAUUGAGAAAGCAUUGAAGAAAGUGGAAGUAGUUGAUGGGGUACAUGAUUGGCACAAGUUGCAUGUGUGGAGCUACACUAAUACCGAACUGGUGGGUACACUCAGGUUGCAUGCGUCUUUGGGAACUGACAAACAACUUGUGCGUGGCAAAGUAACCAAAAUUCUUCAAGCUGCCGGGAUUUCGGAUCUGACUCUGGAGGUAGAAGAUCUUGAGCACGAGGAUGAGUAGUAGACCGCUUCACUCUUCGUGUUUGAAGAUGAACAAUCGUCGAGAUAACUGAUUGUUAGACAGAAGGAGUUCUGGCAAGCAGUUUGGGCGGGAGUAAGCACCUUGAUGAUAUUGUCCGAGGUAGGAGGAACUUCGCACAGCAACUCAAGGAAGGGAUUUUACGCAUUGAGCAGUGUCUGCUGAAGAGAAAUAGACAUUGUAUUCAUAGGGCAUGCUCGUAAAAGCCCAUAGACCCUACAUGGACAGUGCAAGUAAUAGGGAUGGGUUAAGAAGGAGGUGUUAGGGAGUAUCACUUGGCCAGGAGAAAUUCUCAUGUGCAUGUGAGUGCUUACCGUAUAUAACACUAGAGUGGAUCUUCCAGUUUUUAGCAAGGAAGUUUUCACCUCACAAUGGAGUUUACUACAGACAGAUCCCAUAAUAUGCUCCAAUUAUGGGCAGCAGCUCUGGGCAUUGAAUUCCGGCUGCUGAACUGGGGGAAACGGUCAAAUGUUACCAUCGUCUCAAUCUGUGAAUAAAGGAUGGCUCGCUUUAGCCGCACAAAU